AUGCGAUUAUCGCGGUCAGUGUUGGCUACGAAGAGACGGAAGAAUCAGAAUUUGGGGAAAAAUUAUAGGGGUAAGAAAAAGCACAAAAGAUUAGACGCAAUUUGUGAGAAGGCUUACAAUAGGAGUCAUCUUAAAGGGGUUGAAGAGGUUGAAUCUAGUGAGUUUAAUAAUGGAGGGAAUGGACUUGAGCUCCGAAGGAGCAUUAGGGCUCGUAGAGCUCCUGUAUUUCUUGAUUCGUCACCUACGCCACCCAGAAAGCGGCAGAGGGUUGAUAGAGGAAGUCGGCUCAAUAGUACUGAACGGGUGAAUAGAGAAGAAGAGGAGAGGUGUGAGUUGUUGCCCUCAACCUCGAGGAAUUUGGAGGGAGAGAACAAUGGUUGGCAGUUGAGGUUGAGAUCUAGGGACAAGAGUGCAAAUCGAGGAGGGAGGGAGAUUGUGCCAAGAGGUAAGCGGAAGCUUUUUGAUGAUUUUGAUGAGUACAAGGAAGGAGCUAUGCCUCGGCUUGAUGGAAAGAAAGAGGAUAUAGUGGGUGGGAAGUCGACUGUUGUUAAGUUGACGAGACCUGGAAAAAUCAUAGCUUCAAAUGUUUUAGCAAAUGAGAAUCUGGAAAUUGAUUUGGGAAAUGACAUGGAGGAUGAUACCGAGAAGGAGGAACUAUUGGAAGUGACAGAUGAGCGGGAUGGACUGCAUGUAAAAUUUGAUUUGGAACAUAGAAAUGAGGAUGGAGAUGAAUCUGAAAAUCUUACUUCACAGAUGGGUGAGAAAAGGGAGAUUGAAAUUCAAACAGAACUACAACUGGGAGACUGCCAGGGCAGUAGCAAUGUGGAAACCAUGGAACAAGAUAUGGGUGUGGAUAAACAAGCUUGUGAUCUUGCAGAAGACAAAAACAAUGCCGUUGCAGUUGAUUGUGAUACACAAGACAAUGCAAAUGAGGAAGAGCACCGUGAUGAACCUUUGGAAGAUGAGACCUGUAACAAAUUAAAUGGGCCAAAGUAUGUUUCAGAUGUUGUGCUCAGCAAACCAGGAAUAAAACCGGGAAGACGAUGUGGUUUGUGUGGGGGUGGUACUGACGGUAAACCACCCAAAAUAUUAGUACAUGAUGGGGCUAGCAGUGAUAAUGAGACAUAUAUUGGGUCUUCUGCUUCUGAGGAACCUGAAUAUGAUAUAUGGGAUGGAUUUGGCGAUGAAUCUGGAUGGCUUGGACGGCUCUUGGGCCCUAUAAAUGAUCGCUUUGGUAUAGCUGGAAUAUGGGUUCAUCAGCAAUGUGCUGUAUGGAGUCCAGAGGUUUAUUUUGCUGGGCUGGGAUGCUUGAAAAAUGUUCGGGCAGCACUUUGCAGGGGAAGAGCGUUGAAGUGCAGUCGCUGUGGGAGGCCAGGGGCAACAAUAGGGUGUCGUGUUGAUCGAUGUCCCAAAACUUACCACGUGCCAUGUGCUCGAGCCAACGGUUGCAUUUUUGACCACCGCAAAUUUCUCAUUGCCUGCACUGAUCACCGGCAUCUCUUCCAACCCCAUGGAAGUCAAUAUUUGCACAUCUUAAAGAAAAUGAAGGCAAAGAAAAUGAAGUUGGAAAUUAAAAAGAUGUCAAAUGAUGCACGACGUAAGGAUAUUGAAGCAGAAGAGAAAUGGUUGGAGAACUGUGGGGAGGAUGAAGAAUUUCUGAGACGUGAGAGCAAGAGGCUUCAUCGAGAUUUGUUGAGAAUUGCACCUGUGUACAUUGGGGGCACAAAUUCGGAGAAUGACAUACAAUUUAAAGGCUGGGAAUCUGUUGCUGGGCUUCAAGAUGUCAUCCGAUGCAUGAAGGAGGUUGUCAUUUUACCACUUUUGUAUCCUGAAUAUUUCAACAAUCUAGGGCUUGUGCCUCCCAGAGGCGUUCUUUUGCAUGGAUAUCCUGGAACAGGCAAAACAUUGGUUGUGCGUGCAUUGAUUGGUUCUUGUGCUCGAGGGGAUAAACGUAUAGCAUAUUUCGCUCGCAAAGGGGCAGAUUGUUUAGGCAAAUAUGUUGGUGAUGCUGAGCGCCAGCUCCGACUUCUGUUUCAAGUGGCUGAGAAAUCACAACCUUCUAUAAUUUUCUUUGAUGAGAUAGAUGGCUUGGCCCCUUGCCGCAAUAAGCAGCAAGAUCAAACACACAGUUCAGUGGUCUCCACUUUGCUUGCUUUAAUGGAUGGUUUAAAAUCACGAGGUUCAGUUAUUGUAAUAGGAGCUACAAAUCGUCCUGACGCAGUUGAUCCUGCUUUAAGGCGUCCUGGGAGGUUUGACCGUGAAAUUUUUUUCCCACUGCCUUCAGUUAAGGACAGAGAAGCCAUCCUUUCAUUGCACACUCAGAAGUGGCCUAAGCCUAUUACUGGAUCCUUACUCAAGUGGGUAACAAGGCGAACUGUGGGAUUUGCUGGUGCUGAUCUUCAGGCUCUUUGUACUCAAGCGGCCAUCAUCGCUCUGAGGAGAAGCUUUUCAUUGCAAAAAGUUCUUUAUGAGGCUGGAGGAAAAACUUCUCAGCAGGUACGUGCUCCUAUUCCCAAGUUUAGUGUGGAGGAGAGAGAUUGGCUGGAGGCUCUUUCUCAUGCACCGCCUCCUUGCUCUCGGAGAGAAGCUGGGAUUGCUGCAAAUGAUGUCGUAUCUUCUCCUCUUGACUCCCAUCUCAUUCCUUGUCUGCUGCAACCACUAACCAGAUUGCUCAUUUCACUUUAUUUGAAUGAGCAUGUUGUCUGGUUGCCACCACCUCUGAGUAAAGCUGCCACGUUGGUGAAGGAUGUAAUUAUUUCUGCUCUGGAUAGAAAGAGUGCGCGGACCGACAAAUGGUGGUUGCAUGUUGAUGAUUUGCUCCAACAAGCUAAUGUUACUAGUGAGAUUGAAAAUUACCUCGCACUUGCUAAUGUUCUGAUUGGAGGACUUCACUUCUGCAGUUCUGAUGCAUUAGAGGACAAUACUCGUGAUUGCUCAAAAUUUUGCACCUCCAACUUUCAAUUUACAGAUGCUCGUCCUGGGUUCAUGCAGAAUAUAUCUUAUAUCUCAGGGAAUAAAUCAGGAUUUCAGAUAUUGAUUUCUGGAAAUCCAAGAUCUGGCCAGAGGCAUCUUGCGUCUUGCCUUCUCCACUGUUUUGUUGGGAAUGUCGACGUGUGGAAAGUUGAUUUGGCCAGUAUUUCUCAAGAAGGACAUGGAGAUAUGGUUCAUGGGCUAACACAAAUAUUGAUGAGAUGUGCUGGUGCACAGACAUGCAUGAUAUUUAUGCCAAGAAUUGAUUUAUGGGCUGUAGAGACGAGUUCUGAAGCUUGUGAACAGGAAAGUUAUUCUGUUUUAGUGGAACCUCAAUCCUCUGAGAAGAAAUCUUGUUAUAGACUUGGUGAAGUUGACAAGGUAGAUGAGCUUUGUGCACGUGCUAAAGGAACAGAGAUGGCAGAGUCCUCAACUGCUGUGAAGAAGGCCUCGUAUCUCUGGAACUAUUUUCUUGAGCAGAUCGAGCCCAUACGAGUACGUUCAUCCUUGAUAAUCCUGGCGACAUCAGAAGUACCAUCCUCAUUAUUCCCUCAGAGGAUAAGGCAGUUCUUUGAGAAAGAUACAGCAGGUAGCGGUCUCUCUAGUCAAAUGGAGGAUGCUGCGCCUCGGUUCCCUGUGCUGCUUGAUGGGAAUUUUGAUCAUGAUAGGAUGAUUGAUUCAUUUGCUUCAAAGUUGUCAAAGGAUUUAGCACAACAAUUUGUUCAGUUAAUUCAUCAUAGAAACCACAUGCAUAGGAAGUCUGUAAAGGAGACAAGAGCUUGUGAUACAGUUGAAGGCAAUGUUGAUAAAGUUAAUCAUAGCUCAGAUCCAGGAUCUGCUAUUGUUCUUGAUGGUAAAUCAUGUCCCAUAAGUCCAGUUGCAUUUACAAAUAAAGCUAUGAAAGGGAGAUCAGGCUUGCUGGUAGCGAUAUCAACAUUAGGCUAUCAGAUUUUGUGUUAUCCUUAUUUUGCUGAGCUUUGUUGGGUCACAUCCAAGUUGAAAGAAGGACCCUAUGCGGACAUUAGUGGAUCCUGGAAAGGUUGGCCCUUCAACUCUUGUAUUGUUCGCCCUAUGAAUUCAGCUGAGCAGUUUACUGUUGCCUCUGGCUCGAUCAAUAUCAGAAGCAAAGAAAAAUUUGGUUUGGUAAGAGGAUUAGUUGCUGUUGGUUUAUCGGCAUAUAGAGGAGAAUACAAGUCUCUUAGGGAGGUUUCCUCGGGGGUUCGGAAAGUUUUGGAACUUCUCGUUGCACGCAUUAAUGAUAAAAUCCAGGAUGGGAAAGAUAGAUAUCAGUUUAUUCGUCUUCUAUCACAGGUAGCUUAUCUUGAAGAUAUUGUUAUCAGCUGGGUUCACACACUGCGAAGUUUGGAGAUGGACGCUCAAAUUUCUGAGGCAAAACCCAAUGGUGAUUGUACAGGAUCUUUGGACAAUGAUAAUGCCUGCAAGAAUAGUAAUCUAGGCACUGAUCAGAAGUUAGAUGUUUCUGAGGGAACUUUAAAUCCACCAAAAAUGCUGGAAGAAAGUCUCCAUAGAUUUGGUGCUAAAGAUGGUUUAUGUGCUAACCUAGAUGAUGGUGAUAAUGGUUAUCCUGACGCAAGUGGUGGAGUUGCGGCAACAGCAUUGGAGCCUACACGAAUGGUUGUUUCAGUUCGUUCUUCCCCUGUUGAAAAUCUUAAUGGUCCAUUGCCGAACGAAGUUAAGUCUCUGGUUUCUAUGACAAAACAUAUGGGAGAUCGUGCAGAAUAUGGACUUGUUGGAUCUAUUCAACAUUCCAAUGGUUUUAGAGAAGCAACUCCAUAUGUUUCGGGUGAUAAGCAUGGUAUUGCUCUUUCUGGUUCUUCAAAAUCUUGCACACGGGAUAGUGGCUCGUCCUCGGCAGACAAGGACAUUCCCUCUGAAAAUUCCAAGGAAAACUCCGGUGGGCAUGUUGUUGAUUCCAAUCACUCUUCUAAAUCUGCCACUCUUGAGGCUGACUCGUCUGUUAGGUACCUGUACCAUUGUUGUUCUGAGUGCCUUGUCAACCUCCAAAAUUUUCUUCAAAAAAUCAUUAAUUCUAAGUGGGUACUUGAAGGAAGAGAUUCAACCAUAGAUGGUGUACAUGAUUUUGUUGCCUCUUUAUCAGUAAAUCUUCAUAUAGCAGUAAGUAAACUGCCUGCCAAAAGUUCUGUCUAUUCGUGUAAUAGAAAAUUGGGUCCGGGAGGUCAGAAAAUCGACAUGUCUCAAUGUGAAAAUUCAGAGAAAGGAUUGCCAAUGGAAUGUAGUUGUCAUGAUACAAGCGAGAGUGCAAAUUUCGUCAAGAAUUCUCAUCAUUGGCUUGAUUCAAAAUUCGUAUUCAGAAAUGGUGUAUUGGCUACUCCAGACACUGGUAAUGACUUAUCUUUUCACUGUAAAUUUGAGAAAUUAUGCCUUUGUUUUCUUAUAGAGUGGAUGGCGAUGAACAAGGAGUCUUUAGAUUGA